UCGUGCCCAGUGUUCCUGGGAUAGUCUCCAGAUCCUCUGUGACCCUGACCAGCAUAAAGCGACUGCUGAAGAUGAAGUAAUGAAUUAAUGCAUUUAUGUUGACUAUAGAGUUACACGAAAACAAAUUUUAAUGUGUAAAAAUACAUGUCUAAGAAGGAAUGUUUUUAUAAUUUGGUAUUGAGUUGGCUUCUUUUUUUUUUUGUUUGUUUUGUUUUGUUUUGUUUUGUUUAACUGGGUAUUAUUUGGCUUGUAAUUUAUAUUGUAUUGCCUUCUCUCUCCACAUAGUGGCACUGCAGGCUUACACAGAGCUCAUGCUGACACCCAUAUUUUAUGCGUCUCCAGUGUCUCCUGUGAGCUCUUUCGGACGAACUCCUUACUCUGACAUGGAAGCCACUCAAUAAUGCUUUAUUGCUUUCACUGAGUGUCUGAUGACUGAAUAAUUCCCAGCACUACUCUGUUCAUGUGACUGGUUCUAUAGCCAUUGCUGUGACAGAGAUGGAUAUCUGCUCUUGUGCUGAAGAGAGACUCAGCAGCCGAGUUAUUGCUUCUUGGAAUGUAAGCUUCCACUGGGGACGAUUGUAAACCCUUAAAUUCUGUCAUAUCUCACAGUGCUGUCCACUUGGUUACAUCUUGCUGUCAGAUUCCUAAUAGACUCCUAUUUGGUUUUACUGUACAGGGAAGGCGUAUACUGCGUUUUAGAGGGAGAGUUUGCUUGCUUUAAGGUGGUAUGAUAGGUUUGUUGCUCACUAGGAGAGAGGUAAAUUAGCUGAUAUGUGCUUUGACUCACAGAAGACUGAUGUCACUUUCUAUCAGCCUCCUUUAGAUCUCAUCUCAAUAUAAAUAUAAAUCACUGUCUGCUUCUAUGAAACCCAAUUUAGACAGCCUUCCACAAAAUGCUUAAUGUGAAUGUGUUCAUGUUUGUUUCUUUUUUCUGUCUCACCUCCUCUGCUUAUUUCCUUCUUAAUCCUCUCCUCCUUCUGUCCCUCUUCCAUUUUCUCUGGCAGCUUUGGAAUGGCUGGCUGAGUUUGCCAUCUACUUUAGGCUAAUGCAGGAAAUGGACUCGUUUUUUUGUUGCAUCGAUUUCCUCUUGACACCAUGGGGGAAAGCUGAGGUACGGUCGAUAGCCCCUCUGAUGGCCUCUCACACACCGGAUGUGCAGCAUUUCUCUCACAGAUGGAAGGGUAUUCUAACCACAGUGGCACAGAGGUAGACAGGAUUGCCUGAUCUGGAUAUGACUGUGGUCUGGAACUGGGGUUUGCCCACUUUCUGGGUGGCACUCAGCUGCCUCUCAUGCUUGAGACUGGCACUGCCACUCAGUGGAGAGCGCAAGAUCUACCCAAAACCACCUACCAUGGGUAAAGUCCCUCCACACAUCAUCUUUGUGAUGGUGGACGAUCAGGGCUACAAUGAUGUGGGCUACCAUGGCUCGGACAUCCACACGCCGGUACUGGACCAGCUGGCUGCUGAAGGGGUGAAGCUGGAGAACUACUAUGUCCAGCCAAUCUGCUCACCCUCUCGUAGUCAGCUCAUGACCGGACGGUAUCAAAUUCACACUGGCCUUCAGCACUCCAUCAUUCGCUCACGUCAGCCCCUGUGUCUGCCCCUCGACAUGGCCACACUUCCCGAAAGGCUGCGUCAGGCCGGCUACAGCACCCACAUGGUGGGAAAGUGGCACCUGGGCUUCUGCCGGCCUGAGUGUCUGCCCACUAGCCGAGGCUUUCAGAGCUUUCUGGGUUCACUGACUGGUAGUGGAGACCAUUUUAACUUCCAGAGCUGUGACGGAGCAGAGACUUGUGGCUUUGACCUGCACGAUGGUGAACGACCGGCCUGGGAGUUGAGUGGGAACUACUCCACAUGGCUGUAUGCACAGAGGGUGAAAACAAUCUUGCGGACUCAUGACCAGCAGAAGCCUCUGUUCCUGUACGUGGCACUCCAGGCUGCUCACACUCCUUUACAGGCUCCUGCUCAUCUCCUCCAGCGUUAUGCUUCUCUUGGGAAUCAGCCACGGCGCCAUUACGCCGCCAUGCUAAGUGGUGUGGAUGAGGCUGUGGGCGAGAUUGUGGCGGAGAUGCGUAAUCGAGGGUACUACCGUAACUCCGUGCUCAUCUACUCUUCAGAUAACGGAGGCCAGCCUCUGUCGGGGGGCUGCAACUGGCCCCUCCGUGGAGGGAAAGGCUCAUACUGGGAGGGGGGAGUGCGAGCGGUGGGCUUUGUUCACAGCCCUCUGCUGAAGAUGAAGAGGAAGAUCAGUCGUGCUUUAAUACAUGUCUCAGAUUGGUACCCGACCUUGCUGUAUCUGGCAGGAUCUCCUGAGCCAGACCCUCAGCACUUAGAUGGGUGUAAUGUUUGGGGGGCCAUCAGUCAGGGCCUACCUAGCCCUCGUACUGAAAUCUUGUUUAACAUCGACCCUGUUUCGCGGCGACAUGGAGAGCAUGAUCGCAGGCUGUUGACGGAAAACGGCUUUGGGAUGUGGGACACAGGAGUGCGUGCAGCAAUUCGAGUGGGUGACUGGAAGCUCCUGACAGGGAACGUGGGAGAUGGAGACUGGUUCCCCCCACAGAUCCUGCCUGGAGCUCCACAGCAGUGGCAGGACAUGGAAAAGAGACAGGAUCAGCGUGGGAAGUCUGUGUGGCUCUUCAACAUCAGCGCUGACCCUUUUGAGAGGCAUGAUCUGACACAAGCUAGGCCUGAGGUGGUAAAGCUUCUGCUGUCAAGGAUUGCUGACUAUAACCGCACUGCUGUGCCUCCAAAAAACCCACCAGAUGAUCCAAUGGCUGACCCCCAGCUCCAUGGAGGCGUCUGGAUGCCAUGGCUGGCAAAGAAAGAAGGAGAGGGUGCAGACAGAAGAGGAGCGACAGAUAGACGCAAUUGGAAGCUUAGAUUCAAAACCUGCAAAGUGUGCAAACUGAGAGCUCUGUUUAGAAAGAUCAGGUCAGAGAAUGAGACAUGCGCUGUGCUCUGUUACACAACAAUGAGAGAAGAGGAGGAGGAUGGUGAAGAUCUCCCUGGAGUAAAGAUGCUGUAUGGCUACAUAUGAAACAGUUGUGGAGCUUGUACUUAUAACUACAUCUAAAUCAUGAGCCAUAUUUAUACAGUUUGUGUAUAUCCAUUUCAUGUUGAAUUUAGGCAUUGCCUCUUAUAAAACAAAAUAUUGGUAUAUUUUAUGCAUCUGGUUCUAACAAUUCCAUUUCUGGGAACGUGAAUUCCUCAAAACGUAAAUGUAGUUCAAAUAACAACGCAAUUGGAAAUAUUCAGUAUUUGAAAAAUACUGAGUACAAUAUAUGAAAAGCACACAUCUGUAAGGGUGUGUUAGUGAUGGGACGCAGUCCUGUGUGGUGAUGACACGAUCCUGCAGGGAGAAGACCAGGUCAUGGUGCUGUAAACUGUACAGCUGGCCAGUCUCCAGGCUGUCACCUUCCCUGACCUCAUCACGAGUCCGUCAUUAAAUCUAAUCAGUCAUGGAGCAAUGAUGUAGAACUUUCCCUUCAGACACUGGCAUUUUCUUCUCUGGAAUGGGAUUAUGAUCCCAAAAAUAAGGUGAUGAAUAACAAUGUGAUUACUAAAAAUGGUACAUAGAUGGAUGGAGACAUUUUUAAAAACUAUAUAAUGAUACUCGAGGCUCAAUAAUCAAUUAUUAUUCCAUCAGCGUUUUUUUUUAAUUUGGCAAAUAAAACCUUUUUUGUCAAAUGUAUAUUUUUAAAUAAUAAAACUUUCUUUCAGAAUUGUGGCAAAGUUGACCAUCUUAAAAGGUAUUCUGAGAAAAGGUCUAAAAAUGAAAAUGCUAAAGACAGAAAGGGUUUCUUAUUCUUUAAUGUUUAGACUAAUUCAUACAUUUACUGCAGCCUAUUUUUAACCAUUUAAUGUGGACAAUUAUACUAAAUGACAGGUUUGUAUUUUACAAUAUGUCAAACCUUUCAUAAAAAUGAUCAAACAUGCUUGUAAAAACAUUAUGUACAAUAAUACACAUUUUCCACUCAAAC